AUGGCUCGGCCGGAACCAGUGAAUAUGACCGACGCCCGGACGCAGAAGCAGCUGGACUACGGCAUAAGGGAGAUGAUCUCCAGCCUCACCCGCCGCCUCUCCGACCUGCACGGCAACCGCGGCGGGCACGACCAGCCGCUGUCCGCGGACGACGAGCUGGGAGUCAGAGUCGUCACGCUGGCCGGCACCAACACCGGCGCCUCCAUGCGCGGCGAGCUCGACGACAAGUCCUCCCUCCAACUGGGCGGCGGCGAGGGCGAAGAAGAAGAGGUCCCGGGGACGUACGUCAACAGCAACUUCCAGUCCAUCAACAACUCCAUUAUGCUCGCUGGCAACUACUCCGCCAACAAUCCCGGCGUCCAUCUGAACAUCUCCGAAGAGGUGGAGCCACAGCACGGGCAGAUGAAGCAUCCACACAAGGCUAAUAAGGGGCACAAGAAGGACAAGGACUCCUCCAAAAGCGACCAGUACUACUCCCAGACUUCGGAUUAA